UUGUUGAUGAGUGAGAACUCUCCGCCAAAUGAGAGCGGUGCUAAAACAUCACUUGGCGACCAAGAAGAAAGUCAUGGUGCGAUGAAUGGGGACUCAGCAGUGGACAAUAACUCCGCCUCUGGCUCACUGACACCUGGGGAGAUAGAGCCGAACGAAAAGAAAGCGCGAACUACCGAAGACGACCCAGCUGAACCAAGUACAGAAAAAGCUGAACAAAUUGUUCCAGGUAUUGAAGAGGCACCGGAAAACGUAGAAGAAAAGAAAGGAGAAAGUGCCUCAGCUGAUGUUCCGGAAACCACGAAUGAAGAAAAACCAGAAGAUUUUAUCACAGUUAAAGUGGCCUAUAACAAAACUAUUUAUGAUACAAAAAUAGCGAAAUCUAAAACGGUGCUAGAUCUCAAAAAAGAGUUACAGAAAUCAACAGGUGUGCCUGAGUCACUACAGAAGCUGAUGUACAAGGGCAAGUUGACUGACUCCAUGAAGAUAUCAGAAUCCUCUCUUAUUAACGGAUGCAAAGUUUUAUUAAUUGGGUCCAAACCGUCGGAUGUGGUACAAGUUAACAAAGUACCCACUAAGAGUGAACUACUGGACGAUCCUACCGAAGUCAAAUCGAAAGAGCCUCUUUGCGAACAGACACAACACAAGAAAGUUUUGGACAAAGGAAAACCUGAAAACUUGAUGCUGGGAAUCAAAGGCUCAAAAGAAGCUCUUCCAACUGCUCCUUUGAGCGGCAUGAUCAAACAAGACGGCGGAAAUAUUCGGCUCACUUUCAAACUGGAAAGCGACGAGUUGUGGAUCGGAACCAAGGAACGAACCCACAAACUACCUAUGAAUUCCAUAAAAUCAGUCCACAGUGAGGCCAUUAAAGGUCACGAGGAGUACUCAAUUGUGGGGAUACAAACCGGACCGACUUUGAAAAGUACAAUUUGGGUUUACUGGGUACCCUCGCAAUAUGUUGACUCGAUUAAAGACACGAUUUUGGGUAGUUUUCUCUUUUGACCAAGUUUUUUGUUCCAAGUUACGUCAAAAACUAUUUGAAAUGAGAAUAAAUCUCAAAAUAUUGAAAAUCAAGUAGUGAAAUGUUCAAUCAGAGAUGGCCUUACGAGAAUGCACUGAGUCCUCUGGUAAUUUUGUCAGAUAAUGAUUAAUGAAACGUUAUGCGUUAUCAGUUUAAUUUGUAAGUCGAUUUGCCAAUGUGCUUUUUUUGCUGAAUUUCUAAUUAUUUGAUCAAA